AUGGUAUUGAUUGAAUAUGUUCCAUAUGGGGAUCUGCUUGGUUACCUGAGAAAGAGCCGUGGAUUAAACGACACUUACUACAAAGACCCGGACGUCAAGCCACAAACAAAUCUGACAUCGCAGCAGCUGAUGAAAUUUGCGUGGCAAGUUGCCGAUGGAAUGUCGUAUUUGUCAUCGAUAUCAGUAAGUACACACUAUGGGCCGGUUAUUUUAACAAAGCUUAGCUGUUCUUUCACAAAACCACGUUCUAAAACUAUCUAACCUGAAAAUUCUACCUGAACAUUCAUAAUUGUCAAAAAAAUCAACCCUUUUACGGAGAAAGCCCAGUGACUGCGUAAAACCGCGGUUUAGGUUAGACUUCGUGUAAAUAACCGGCCCCAUACAUUUAGUUUGAGAACUUACAGAUUGCCCAUCUUACUUAAAACGGACCCUCGUGGCAAUUCUUUUUUCAAUUCUCUCGCAUCCUCCCAAGUCGUUCCAACAUCAAUAAUUUGUUGAGCUUUGCUAUAGAUUAUCCAUCGAGACCUUGCAGCUCGUAAUGUGUUGAUUGGAGAAGGGGAAAUGUGUAAAGUGACAGACUUUGGCAUGGCCAGAGAUGUCCAAGAGGACAACAUUUAUCAACGGAAGUCAAAGGUACCAAACGAUUUUAAGCUGAUAAUUAUGUUGAAAUUAAUGUAAAUUUGUAUGAGUGUCUGCGGUUUUAACUUUACAUAGGUCAUGGGCUCUCUCGGCUUCUUUUUCUAACACAUUAAAUCACUGCUAGGACUGCUUCAGUUAGCUAGAGAUCUGUCUACAGUCUUGCAUUGGUUAAGUUGCAUUUAUCCUUGAUCAUGAUCUUUUUAAUAUCCUUAAUCAUGAUCUUUCUAAUUUAGGGGCGUCUCCCUGUCAAAUGGACUGCCAUUGAGGCAUUGCUGUACGGAAAAUAUUCCACAAAGAGCGAUGUGUGAGUACAAGGACUUCAUAAGGUCUAUAAGCAAAAUGGGAAAAGUUAUUGGAUGUCUUCUGUAUGUUAGGUAUUGCAUUUUUUUUUAAUUGAUGUGGAGAUGUGGAGGAAUCUUAUUAUGAAGGAGUGGUAAUACUCGUUCUGGCUUAGAUUUGUGAGUAAUGUCCCAGGUUCUGCUCUUGUAACGGGUCUAGUGAGCUUCCCACGAAGAAGUUUCAUUUACUUUUUUUUUUAACAGUACGGAAGAGAACGUUUAUUUUCCUUCCUCGUUUGUUCUACAGGUGGAGCUACGGAGUUCUCCUCUAUGAGAUUUUCACGAUUGGUAAGUUGUGAGAUUAAUGACCAGACCAUUAAUUUUAGCGUCAACGUGUCAACAAAAGUGGCACUUGUAUCGACAUGUGGUCAUAAAGUAAGCAGGGUGUACCGUUCUCUGAGGAAUUCGGUUUUGCCUUUGUGAUUUGUAACUGCCAAGCCACCUUAGAUUGCCUCAGUCGCUGAACUUAUUCGAAAAAGACAAAGGAACAAUGGUGUAGGAAUUAUAUUGUAAAAAUAUAUUUACAAGUGUUGGGCCCUUCUUGAAAGAGUGCAUUGAGAGUACCUGCUUUAUUUUAGGUGGUUCACCUUAUCCAAGGAUGGAUGGAAGAAAAAUUGCAAAGUUGCUAGAGGAGGGAUACAGAAUGCCUAAACCACAACAUGUGGAUGAGAAGUUGUAUGAAGAUUGUGUUGUUGUUUUUUUUCGUUGCCUUUUCUCUUACAGCAGUAAUAUUUAUUUUAAAUGUUCUUUUUGCUAAAGAGGCAUGCACAGCCAAAAUUAAACCCGUUUUAUUUUCCGAGCCAGCCUUCUUAAGGAAAAUAUUGGAAUGAGUCAAUGAUCACGAGUUUGUCUCUUGUGGUGAUUGAAGAAAGAAGCAAACUGUCCUACCGUAUAUGCAACAUUUUAUGUCUAACAAUAUCCUAACUGAGGCCAGUGAGAACAUACUGAGAUAUCCUUGACGUCUUUGUGUUUAAGGUAUAAAAUAAUGGCAAACUGUUGGAAAGACGAGCCUCACUUGAGACCAUCUUUUGAGAAGUUGAGAAACGAACUCAAAGAAAUGGAAAACCAGCACAAGGUAGGUUUGUGGAGUUAACUGUGAUCGUUCAAAGUUUUAUCUGACUUUCGUAAACUUACAAUCGUGGAAUAUCGUUAGUUUAAAGUCAGCAGAUUUUGUGUAUUUUAAUUUAUAACGAAAAUUACUGGAGUUUCGAAGCUACUUUAUCUAAAUUAUGAGGUAAAAAUAAUGGAUCAGAAUUCCAGCGAGUAUUCUUGUACAAGUUUUAAAGCUUGUUCUGAAAACAUGGAAAGGGGAUUGAUUUUGUGUUUCAAGAUAUUCUCUGAAUCCAUCAGUGAAAACCCAAAGAAAAUGCUAGGUUGUAUUUAGUUAAUACCAAUAAGCUCCUUUGAACGGUCAGUUGGGUCUGUAAACAAGCACACUGAUAUUCUUUGCCUUUUUCUAUUCCUUUUUUUGAUGUACCACUGUCAAAUGCAUGUAAUAAUGGCGUCACUAUGAAGUGUUCGAAAGUUGCAUGUCUAUUUUAUUUCGGUUAUUUCCAAGUAUAAUAUCAUCACCAACAUGCUCUUCACAAACGAUAAAAAGUCAUUUUAAAUGGGGCCUUUAUAGCGAGCGAUUAAGAUUUUCUAAUUUUUACCCCUUUUUUCGCAGGGGCUGAUAAACUUAAACAAUUACGACGGUCGACUCUACGUUAAUGUUGACGAUCUUGCUGUGUAAGCGAUUGCAUUCUCAUGGAGCAAAGGAUGGAGUGAUAAAUCUUGCAGCGCUAUGAUAUGCAAUUUCCCUGUGUAUUUGAAGUUAAACUUUCAUUCUAUGUUAAUACAAAACAAGCUAUUGAACAGUGAAGCGAGGAACAGCUGUAUAGUUUUUUUAAAACUUUAUGUUGAAAAGACAAAUGAUUUUUUGGAAAAGCAUAUCAAAGUAACUUUUUAUCGGUGAUAAAAAUUAAAAUUAAUUUUUGAGAGUAAACAUCUAUUUUCGUGUAAAGUGUUAAAAAAAGGAAAAUUGUUUCAAUUGUCUCUUUUUCGGAGGCUAAAAUAAAUGACAAAAUAUGAAAAGACACUUAGUAUAGUGAACGUAAAAGAUUAACUAUUGAGGAACCCACUCUAUUGAUCAGAAAUUUUUUGUUACUUAUGUAAUUCAGUGCGAAGGCUGAGAAGCCCGACUAAGCCCCAAGGAAACGGCAAUUCCUUUUGCUUUGCUCUUCUUGCAAAUGAUCAUCAGUCCUUGGGGAACUUAUAACAAUAAUAAGUGUUGCUAUGACAAAUUUAUUUGAAGGUUGUUUUUUUUUUAAUUGCACUCUUAAUUACAGGAAUUGUUUAUUAAGCUAAUGAUUGAACAAAAGUAUUUUUCUUUUGUUAUUUAAACGGUUGCUUUUCGCUCAAAUUUUCAUGUUAGUUUGAUACAUUUUCGGGAUCAAUAUCAGUAUCUAAGCAACUGCCCCUCCCCUAACCCAACAACAGUCUAUUGAUAACAAGUUAGGGUUAAUGUUGGGUUAGGGGAGGGGUAGGUGGGCAGUUGCACAGAUACUGAUAUUGAUCCCAUUUUUCUGUGUGUGCGUAACCGUCGGAAAGCGCGGAAUAAAGUUUGUGAGUUGUACAACGUC